AUGAAUGAAUCGAAUUUGGAUGCCCCGGCCUUAGUGCGACGACGGCGCCGCAUUGCGCGACAACAACGCGAAAAAACGCCGGAACCCAUUGCUAAAACGAUGGGUGGCAUUAAGCCGAAAUUUUCGGAUGAUGAAAGUAGUAGCACAACAACCACGACAAAUGAAUAUGAAAAGAGACGCACAAAUCCGGCCAUGAUACUGGGCACCACAAGGGUGAAGGUGAAAACUGCAUCGAAUAGCAGCGCAGGUAGUGGCAAUAGUAGUAAUGUGGCGUAUAGAGAGAAGAUUCUGAAUCGGCGGGAUCGAGCCAGUCGAUCGGCAACAAUUGUUCGAAGUCAAUCAACACCUAGGGAAAUACCACCAGAUUCACCGACUCCGGAAAGUAAAUCACCGAGUGACACCAGCGGCAAUGUUGUACGAUUUCUACGGAAAGCCAAACGAAGUCUAUCGAUUCCAAGGCGUCGCCGUGAUGUAGCCUGUGAAACUUCACCAAUUCGUGGACAUGAUGAAGUCAUCAAACGCUAUGUCAAAUCGCCCAUUGUAAAAACCGAAUCGAAAAUGGAUGCGGUAAACGGACGCGAUGAAAAUAGCCGGCUCACAAAAUUGGAAAUGAAUUUAAAGCGAUUCGAAGAUGAGCGAAAAGUAUUCGCUUUGGAACGAGAGAAAUUCGAGCGUGAAAAGCGGCAUAUGGAACAGAUGCGAUUCCAGCGUCUGCUUGAAUUCGAACGAAAGCGAUCGAUGCAGCAAAGCGACCGUGAGCAAUUGGCCAUUGAAGCGGCCGCAAUUGCAUUGGCUGAAAUUGAAAAGCAGAAAAUCGCCAUGCGACAUCGACGAAGCAAAUCUCGUGGAUCAUCAUUUACCGGGAGCACAACUGAAGCGUAUGGUGAUGAUUAUGAAUCGUCAACAGCCACUUCGUCAUCGUCACGUGAUGAUGAUUUCAAAGACCAUGAAUUCGCCAAUGAAAUUCCGUUCGUGAAUUUUGACGAGCCGGUUGAUAUUGACCCCGUCCCCACAUUUGAAACGAACAAUGUUCAUGUGCCGACCAUUGAAGAGCCAAUCACAACGGAUGAAAUACCUAAACAGUCACUAUUCUUAUCACGGUUUCUUUUUGGCAAAGCACAACCAAAGAAAAUGACGCCAAUUCCAAGCCGUAAGACUUAUUUGAGAACACGUGUCGAUGAUGGCGGCCCAAUUUCAGUCCGUCGCAUUGUUUUUGUUGAAUCUCCACUGGUUUGGCAACAAGUUAUUGAAUUGCAUCAACACGAAUGGAACCAAAUGAUGCGCAUUCGUAAUCGAUGCAUCGCUAAUUUCUUGCUAUUGUGCAUAUUUUUCGGCUUCGGUGGAUUAAUGUUUCGGUUCGUCGAAGGUGCUUUUGAGAAUUUCUACAAGUGCGGAGUUCGACGUGUCAAACGAGAUUUUGUCGAUCAUUUGUGGACAUCGAGCCAUGAUCUAAGUGAAGACGAUUGGAAGUCGUUGGCUCGCACCAAAUUACGAGGAUUCGAAGACGAAUUACAUACCGCACAUGAAGCCGGAUUCAAAUCGUACAGUGGAUUAAAAUCAUGGACAUUUAUUAAUGGCGUCGUUUAUUGUAUGACCGUCGUUACUACCAUCGGAUAUGGCCACAUCAGUCCAUCAACGAAUACCGGCCGAGCAAUCACAAUCAUUUAUGCAAUUAUUGGCAUACCAAUGUUCUUGAUUCUACUGGCGGAUUUCGGUAAAUUAUUCACGCGAGGUAUCAAGUUCGUUUGGGCCUACGUCAGACGAUUGUAUUAUACGGGAUCAUUGCGUCGAGUGAGGAAACAAGCACAAGUUCAGGAGAUGAUUCGUGGCAUGAGUAUCGCUUACGAUAUAGCGACAUUCAGGCGGCCGAGUAUGUUGAUGAAAGAGUCAGAUAUGGAACGAGCACAAACAGCAUCGCCCAACCAAUUGGGUGGCACAGUGCAUAGUGAAACACCAACCACCCCAAUGCCACCGGAAAUGGCGAUUGACGAUGAAUUCAAUUUGCCAAUUUCAUUGGCGCUAUUCAUUUUGAUUGCGUACAUUUUAUGCGGUGCUGCUGUCUACUCACUGUGGGAGGAUUGGUCAUUCUUUGAAUCGUGUUAUUUUGUGUUUGUUUCCAUGUCCACAAUUGGCUUUGGUGACUAUGUUCCUCAGCAUCCUGCCCGUAUGAUGGCCAGCAUAAUUUACCUGAUCUUUGGACUCUCAUUAACUUCUAUGUGCAUCAACGUUGUCCAGGUCAAACUUAGCGAUAGCUUCCGGCAUGCAAGUGCCAAAAUCGGUGCCACCAUUGGCUUAUCCUUGGCCGAAGAAGAAGCACGUAGCUCACAAAAUCUCACACCUGCUCCGGAAAAUUCGUCCGUUCAUUCAUACGGAAAGAACUCACCAUCAGAUGAUCCAAAACUUGCCGUUGAUGGCGAUACCUAUGACAAUGCCGAGGUGCGCGAUGGAAAAAUCAUAACCGAUAUCAAGCAGCAACCACUUUCACCAAAUUCUUCCGAUAAAAAGGAUAUCAACAACAAAGUUAAGCACAUUUGAUUUGUGCACAUCAUUUUUUUUAGAAGUACUUUACUUUAAUUUUGCGUCGUUUUUUCUGUUGAAAAUUAAGUUAUAACUUUUUUGUUUGGAUUUUGUUUUUAUUUUCAAGUUUUCCUCAUUGUCAAUAAAAAAAAUUAUACUGUUUAUUAAAUUAAUUCUUGUUUAA